GCUCGCAGAGCGAAACACAUGUUCUUACCAGAAACUCGAUGGUAUUUGAAGGCUUGCUCAUACUUGACAUUCAGGUCGAUGUUUGGGAGAAGAUCGACAACCACCGAGGUCUUUGGUCGUACUUUCCCAGCUUGACAGCCCUGACCUCUUACUCCGCUUUGCUUAUCUUUGACAUCGCAUCAACUUGCCUGAACGAGACAACAUAGGUCAACAUCUAUAAAAACAGCACGACUCGACCUCUUGAUUCUUUGGUGCACAUCGCAGUCAUAGUUGUAACUUGAAUAUAUCUUGACACCAUGGAGGAAAGAGCUCGUAUUCCCGUCAGCUUGCCUCGACCCAACCCCACCACUUCAUAUUGGCAAGAAUCACCAGACGAAAUAGCGAAUCUGCAAAGUACAAAAGCAUUGCCAAAAUAUGCCGACUAUGUCAUUAUUGGCAGUGGCAUCAGUGGUGCGGCAAUUGCCUAUAAUCUACUUGAGAAGAAACCAAACAGCUCUGUCCUCAUGCUAGAAGCAAGACAAGCCUGCAGCGGUGCCACAGGUCGCAAUGGCGGUCAUACGAAAGCAGCAAGCUAUCGCAGUUUCCUCGACCAUGAAGCCGAGCACGGCAUCGAUGAAGCAAUCAAGAUAGCACGACUCGAAUACGCCAACAUCAGACAAACUCAUGCUCUAGCUCGAGAACUGAAUAUUGACUGUGCAUCCACACCUUGCGACACUGUAGACAUCAUCUACGAUGCUGCAAAUCUGGCUCGAGGCAAAGAAGCCAUUGCUCGCAUGCAAGAAACCAUGGGCCUCGAUGACCCAGCAGCAAAGUAUACCGUCUUGUCUGCCGAGGAAGCAAAAGAACAAUUCUACACUCCUGAUGCUCUGGGAGCGUUUGUGUACGAGGCUGGAAGCGUCAGCUCCUAUCGCUUCACCAUAGGGCUGCUGAAGCAUUGUAUCGAGAAAGGAUUGAAUCUGCAAACGAACACGCCGGUGGAAGCGAUCGUGUCAGAUGACGACUUCGAUUCGCAGUCGCCGAGAUGGAUUGCGCAGACACCGAGAGGGAGUGUUGAGACUGCAAAUCUGGUUGUUGCCACCAAUGGGUAUACCGCGCAUCUGUUGCCGCAGAUGCAAGGCAUCAUUGUUCCUUUGCGUGGGCAAAUCACUGCGCAGAGACCAGGAUCAAAGUUGCCAGGCUUGGACACGACCUACUCUUUCAUCUAUGCCAGUGGUUACGAGUACAUGAUCAGUCGACCGCCAGGCACGUCGGACGCUGGCACCAUCAUCAUUGGUGGUGGACUGGGACGACAGAGGGACGCAGGUGCAUCGGAGUUUGGAAACACUCUGGACGCCGAAUUGAACCGGGAGAUCUCAACCUACCUUUAUGAUUGCACAGCAGGCUACUUUGGCGAUAACUGGGGAGAGGACGCGAAGGGAGGGAGAAUCGUCAAGGAGUGGUCAGGGGUGAUGGGUACGAGUUCGGAUGGCCUUCCAUAUGUCGGAGCCAUGCCAGAUAUGCCGGGCGUCUUUAUAAGUGCCAGCUUCAAUGGCCAUGGCAUGGUCAUGUGUCUCAAGUCUGGAGAAGCGUUGGUUGACAUCAUAGUUGAAGGCGGAGAACAGGAGUGGUUUCCAAAGGCGCUUGUGGUGAGUGCUGAGAGAUUCGAGAGGAAGUUCCAGGGGAGGUUGGACAUGCGUGCGCCUGGCGAGGCGUUGUUCGACGAUCGUAUGGAGAGACUGUAAUCUGUAGACAAGUGACGAAUGAAACUGAG